UGAGUACGUCCAUGCCUGUCUCACGGCUCCACCGCUCUGCUCCCAGGGCCCCCCCGGCGGCUGAAUGGCAGCAGAGAGCGUCCGCGGCGCUGUCCCAGUGGAGGGGGCGGAGCCUCCACAACACCCCCCCCGCCCCCACGACACCGCCGCCGCCGCCGCCGCCGCCGCCCCCACCGCCGCCGCCACUGUCACAUACACACACCCCCACGCGCACACUCACAGCCUCCGGCACGCACACACCCGCAGCCAGAGCCACGUCCAGUUCCCGCCCCACACACACGCCCAGCGACAGCAGGCUCCACGCACACUGGCGCACACACGCAGCCACAGUCACACGUGCUUCAACAGCCAGGCGCACAUACCGUCGCACAAGUUCAGCCGCCGCCUCACACACAGCCUCUCCGCCAUGACCAAGGGGGACAAGUCCAUCCGCAGCUCCCUGGUGAAGCUCACCAGGCCCUCCGACCCCCUGCUCAGCCAGAAGCCUCCCCAGGAAGACAUGAGCCAGCGGUUGUCUUUCUGCAGUAAGCUAUGCUUCGCCAUAGGAGGAGCGCCGAAGGAGGUGGCCGCCAGUGCCACAGCCUUCUUCUUACAAAUCUACCUGCUGGACGUCGCCCAGAUCACCCCAAUGCAGGCCUCCAUGGUGCUGUUCAUCGGGAAGGUCUGGGGGGCUAUCACGGACCCCCUGGUGGGCUUCUUCAUCACCAAGAGCAAGUGGACCAAGAUUGGCCGACUAAUGCCCUGGAUGGUGGGCUGCACUCCCUUCGUGGUGGUGUCGUACUUCUACCUGUGGUAUGUCCCGUCCUUCACCCACGGCAGAUUCAUCUGGUACCUGGGGUUCUACUGCCUCUACCAAACCCUCAUCACUGUGAGUAUACAGCACGCAUGGGCUCACCACAACCCGCCCUUUCAAAAUAAAAGCACUGGUCAAGUCUGUUAUUUUUUUUUUAAGAAAAUAGCCCAAUGUAUCGUAAGAUUGCUUUGUGUCUUCCUCUCCUCUAACGACUCCGGCUCUGCUCUGCUCCCCUCUCCCCCCUCCCCCUCUCCCCCCAUGCAGAAGGAGGUGUAUAUGAUCGCGGCCGGCGUGGUGGCGGCGGUGUUCCUGGUGUGCACCGUGGUGAUGUUCCUGGGGGUCAGGGAGAGAGACGGUGAGUGCCUGCGUGGGUGUGAGGAGCAGCUCCCCUUCCACAAGGGCUUCAUCCUGGUGAUGAAACACGGGCCCUACCUCACCCUGACCGCCGCCUUCCUCUUCAUCACCGUGGCCAUCCAGCUGGUGCAAAGCAACUUUGUCCUGUUCUGCACGUACGCGGUUGACCUGAAGGACCACUUUCAGAACAUUGUGCUGACCAUCCUGGUCUCGGCCGUGGUGAGCAUCCCCAUGUGGCAGUGGUUCCUGCAGAGGUUCGGCAAGAAGACGGCCGCCUUCUGUGGCAUCUCGUGGAUCAUGCCGUUCACCCUGAUGCUGGUGUUCAUCCCCUACGUGGCCGUAGCCUACGUGGUGGCCGUCGCCUCCGGGCUGAGCGUAGCGGCGUCCCUGCUGUUGCCAUGGUCCAUGCUGCCCGACGUGGUGGACAACUUCCGCCUGGCCAACCCCACCUCCAAGGGCCACGAGGCCAUCUUCUACUCCUUCUACGUCUUCUUCACCAAGUUCGCCUCGGGCAUCUCCCUGGGCGUGUCCACGCUCUGCCUGCAGUUCGCCGAGUACGACACGAGCUCGUGCAAACAGAAGCCUGCGGUGGCGUACACGUUGAAGCUGCUGAUCGGUGUGGCGCCGGUGGCCUUCAUUAUCACGGGCCUCAUCAUCCUCAUCUUCUACCCCAUCAGCGAAGAAGUGCGCCUGCGCAACAGGACGAGUCUGGAGGAGCUACGGAAACAAGGCUUGAUGUCCAAAACGAUGGAGAACUCGAGCAGUGUGUGACCUUGACCUGAGGGCAGAAGAAGCACAACCGUUUCCAGAUUCAUUCCGGAACGUUCUCUAUAUUAUAGUGUAUAUUACACUGAUCUAAUUUUGUUUUCACGUAAACAUUUCUUAAGUUUCUGUGUUUUCACAUGGACAUAGCCAUCUUGAAUAUAUUAAAUAUAUAUAUAUAUAUAUAUGACUUAUUUAUAUAGAAGAAUGUAUAUCUUAUUUUGCAGUGUUAAGUUAUACAUUGCGAGUAUUUAUUAAUGGAAUCAGAUUACAGUGGGUUGAUAUAGACAUAAUAAAAUAUUGUAAAAGUUG